AUUGUAAUUUUAAUUUGCAUUCGGAGACGCUGGCUCCUCCCUCGAAGGAGUCAGGAGAUCGCUGAUUGGCCGUCGCUGUUCCCUGCCUGUUGCGUCACUUCCCACGCUCGCCCUCGCGCAGUGUGAGGCGUUCAGUCGGUGCGGAGCUGCACCAACAUCCGAAUAAAAUUCUUUUUUUUUUUGUUGGCAGAACUGGACGGUUCGACUGAAAAAUUUGUUCAACGUCCCUGAUUCUUCCCCACAUUGGCUCUUUGUGAACGUUACGCAACAAAAAGAAAACCGUGAAGCCCAGGUCCUGCCCUCAUGCUCUCCUUUGUGCAAUGUCGAAGAGCGGCACAUGGCCAGGUGGCAUAGCCUUAGAGCCCUCAGGCAAUAUGGACAGUGCUGGGAGCUGUGACAGUGUAAUCAGCAUGAAUUCUGCCGAUAGUGAAGACAGUAUGGAGCAUUUGUCUGCAGAGGAGAGGGCGUGCCUCUUGUAUCUGGAGGAAAUGAUCGAGUCUCUGGAGGUGCAGGAGGAUAGUGGCUUAUCCAACGACGAGCCAGAUUCUGGGCGAGUGGCAAAAAAAAGUACUCACUUAACAGCACACGACAUUUUUAAGCUGAAGUCUGAACCUAAAAAGAGCCACAAGUUGUCCACACCGCUGCCUGAAGGCACAGGAAGGUUCCCACCCAGAGUACCCGAGGUCCCAGUAGAGCCUGAAACCAGAUCAUUUGCCAUCCAGCACAAACCCGAGUGUUAUGCUCUGAAUCACACGGCUGAACCGCAGUCACUCGUUUCUGCACAACCCUCAGACACCACAGAGCUCAAACAGACUGCGAGUCAGACUGAAGCUUCCCUCGCUGCUGGUGGUGAUGGUAAUCCUCCAAACACACAGCUUUACUCAGGUCCACCACCCAAUGCCUCCAAGGGAGCAUUUGGACUGAUUCCUCCUCCCUCAGAUUUCCGAGAUGAGUCGGCUCCACAGCCACGGAAAGUAAAAGCCAUCUCUCGGCCCGCAGUGGCAGCAGGUAGACACUCGACGAAAUCUGUUAACGUGGAGCAGCUGCUCCACAGGGUCCCUAUUAAAGGAAAUUCUGCAACCUCCUGUACAUCCAAGGAGACUUCCCUCAUGCCUGGAGGUGAAGCAUGGAGUCCACCACACACAUCUGGGUUCCAGAGCAACUCCUUUACUCCAACUGUCCCCAGAAGUCCCCCUGCUGUGGCUCCUAAACCUGCAAAGAAUGCACCCAGCAUUAUGAUGAUGUUACAAAAGAUGUCACUGCCAGGCUCUGAUAGUAACUUGGAUCAUCCUGCCCAAACUUCUAGCAAUGAGCUGGCGAUGGACCCUGAGCAGAUCCACCUGGAGGCUCUCAGAAAGCUUGGCCUUCUUAAAAAUGAUGAGACAAAUUCAAGCCCUAUCCUGAACCCUAAACGUUCCCCCAAAUCUAGAAGUUCCUGGGCAGCUCCUGGCUCUCCUCUCCUUCCAGCAACUCCUCAGAGUUCAACACCACCUGCAACGCCAUCGUACGCCCACAUCAGCAGCCGCCCACCUUUUCCUGAGCCUUUGCCUUCCCCGAGUCCUGCUGUUGAGUCACUACCACAUGCAGACCAGCCUGCUGAGGUUCUCCCAGCACCCCCUGCUUUCAGUGACCCUGUUGAACCUUUGUGGUCAGAUACGGAGCCAACGGGUGACGUAAAGACUCAGGAGAACACGCCGCCUGUUAUUAGUCCACCUAUGGGAGGUCUGGAGUCAGCCCCUCGGGACCGCUCCAGCCCAGGUUUAAGUAAUUACACAAUAAGUCCAGACUUGAGCGAGUCUGGACCAAGUGUCAGCGGUGAUCAGAUUGUCGGUCCCCUCCGGAACGCUCGGCCACGCCCCGCCUCCCUGGGAAGCAAAACAGAAUUUUCAAACAUUCAGGAAGCAGGUUUACAGGCAGGACAGGCUCCAAGCAAAGACCUGAGCUCACGACGGAGCCUGCAUGCUAGCGGGUACCACCACUCCGCAGAUCCGCAGAAGCAGCCUGGAUCAUAUGGAGUCAGCGUGCUGAUCUGUCCACGUGGACAGAGUCAAGAGGCUCGGCGAGAGGCCCUGAAGAAGCUGGGGCUCCUCAGGGAUUAACUAACAAAACCUACAGCUCUCUGCCUGCCACUGAAGGUCUGGAUUUACAGGAAGCCUUUAGAGACUCAUUAUUAAUACACAAUGAAUGAAGGAAAUAGUUACUGGGAGCAACUUAACUGCUGUAGAUACUUUUUUGUCAUAGCAUUAACUUCCUAUAACCCACUGAUUCAAGCACACUCUUACUAAAAUAAGUUAACAUGAAGUAAAAAUCUUAACAAAGGCUCACUCAUUUAUUCAUUCAUUUUCUGAACCCACUUAAUCCUGUUCAGGGUCUUGG